AUGAAAGGAAUAUUUCGUUAUUUAAAAAGAUGUUAUUCAAAUGAAAGAAAAAAUAUCAGUCCUAUAAUUUUAAUUUCAAAUAAUCAAAAUAUUCAUUUUAAUUUAUCAUUAGAGAAUUUUCUGUUAAACAAUUAUAAUGAUCUAUUAAAGUAUUUAAAUGUAAAUACGAUUGAAAAAUUUAAUGAACCUGUUUUAUUUUUAUGGAGAAAUAACAAAUCUAUUAUAAUAGGGAAAAAUCAAAAUAUAUGGAGUGAAUGUGAUUUAAAUAAUAUAAAAGAUGAUGGUGUAUUAGUAGCCCGAAGAUUUACAGGUGGUGGUGCAGUUUAUCAUGAUUUAGGGAAUUUGUGUUUUACUUUUUUAAAUAGUACCAUAAAUACAUCAAAUAAUUUCGCUAUUAUUUUAAAUACUUUAAAAAAUCAUUUUAAUAUUAAUGCAAAAGCACAGGGAAGAAAUGAUAUUACCGUAAAUGAUCUAAAAUGUUCAGGUUCUGCUUUUAAAAAAAUUAAAGAUGUUUUCUUACAUCAUGGAACUAUAAUGGUAAAUUUAGAAAAAAAUGUAUUAAGUAAAUAUCUAACACCUGAUAAAAUAAAAUAUAUUAAACAUGGAGUAUCCAGUGUUAAUGCUAGAACAAUAAAUUUAAAAGAAGUGAAUUCUAAUAUUACAUGUGAAAAUUUAUGUGUAGCUUUAAUUAAAGAGUUCAUAAAAUUUUAUCAAAAGGACAAUAAUAAUGAAAAUGAUAUAUUGAACCAACUUACUAAUGAAAAUAAUCUAAUAAAUAAUAAAAGUAGGAAUGAAGAAAAGGAUGAAUUAGUUGAUAAAGAUGGCUUAUGUAAUUUAAUUAAUAAUAAUAAUAUGGUUUCAGAUAAUUUAAAUAUUCAUUAUAUAGAUAAAAAUACCAACAUUACAAAAAAUCCUCAAUUUUUAAAAUUUUUUAAUCUACUAAAAGACUGGGAUUGGUGUUACGGUAAAACACCAAAAUUUCAAAAUAGACUUUGUAAGCGAUUCAGUUUCGGAAAAGUUGAAAUAUUUUUUAAUGUCACUAAUGGUUUAAUAAAAGAUGGAAAUGUUUUUUCUGAUUGUUUAGAUAUUAAUUUAAUAGACCAAUUAAAAUCAAUUUUUAAUAAUGAUGUCAAGUAUUCAAAAGAAAGUAUAAAAUCAUUCUUACAAAAUUUAAAUGUGGAAAAUAAAAAUUCAUUAGAAGAAAUUACAAUGUGGAUAUUAGAAGAAUUAUAA